AUGACCAAGUCUGCAAGACGAGCGGCCAAGGGCAAAGCAUCAGUGACGCCCUCUGCCUCAUCUUCCGGUUCCUCAACCCCCAGCUCGGGAGCAGGUCCUCUCCCACCAUUCUCGAAAGCACCGAGCACCCUCCAACCUCUCCUCGAGCUCCUCUCCCCAGAAGAAGUCUACCUGAUCCACGUAGACACAACUCCACCAGACCUCAAGCGUCAAACCUUCAUCGUACCGGUCUUGAUCAAUGUCGUGAUUAUCGCGAUCCUCGCGCUGCGCGUCUAUAUGGUCCGCCACACAUACCCCGCCAUGCUCGCAACCGUAGUUGGAUUCACCAGCUCCAUGGACGUUGACACCUCCAGAAUGCCCUGGGAUGAGAUGGCGAGCAUCAUCCUCCGCCGCACAGGCACUCUAGCCAUCGACUACUUUCUCUUCACCACUUUCCUACCCUGGCCGAUCCGCUUCAUCCGCGGACCCGCCAAAUGGCGCCGCACAGUCGGCUUCCACGACCGCGAGGUCAUCGUCCGCCGCAGCCAGCCCGCCCUUACCCAGACGCUUGAACGCAACCGCUGGAUCCGCGACAACGACGAAGCACGCGACAAGAUCGUCGCAGCCGUCACGCCAGACCGGAUCCAGAAGACGGGAUACCUCCUCGUCGACGCGGACUGGGACCUGGACUACGCCGCCAUGAUCCGGGCGCACGAGAUGCUCGACCGCACGCGCAAGGGCGACGACGUAGCCCUGACCGAGUUCCGGACCGCAGUGCUAGUCAACACCGACGCGGACGGGUGGCUGAUCUGGCGCGUCGAGGACGAGGAUAAGGAUACCGCGGCGGGCCAGACGCGGUCCGCGCAGCGUGACCAGAUCCUCGCGUUCAAGGACAAGCUGACCGCCAUGGGCAAGGAGGACCUCUUCUUCCGGUGGGUCGAGCUGAUUCAGUACGAGAGUACGCAACCUGGUGGCUUCACGCCGGAGAGACAGCGGUCCGCCAUGGUGCAGGCUAAGGAGCUGUUCGAGAAGGAAAACGUCGAUUUUGCGCGCUUCUGGCAGGAGGUUGGGGGUAUGGAGGGAUUUGUGGACCAACUAGAUUGA